GUCGGAGAACUGGUUGUCUAGCCUCACUGCCUCAGUCGCUCAGUGUGGCUACGGCGACGACUCGGACCGCGAGUGUGUGCUAGUGUGUGCCAUGGACUUUCCAUGAGACAUCACAUUUGGUGUUGGCAUGACCGCGGAGACAGACGCGGAGUGGUGGGAGGGCGCCCUAGAGGAAGACACCACGUGGUACUUGCCUUUGGAGGGCGACGGAGGUCUCUGGGCUGGAGGGUUCCCUCCUCCACCUCCCAGACCUGACUUUCUUGACGAAGGCAUCAGCCCCGACGGCCUCACUACCUGCGACCUCUGUACCUGGGCCCGCGCCGCGGCCGACCCCAACUCAGAUAGUUCCUCAGACUUGCCUGGUACCCUCACCUGGACCGUGUCCUUGGUGAUUGUGUCUAUCCUGUCCGCCAUCUUGGGAGCAGCCCUCAUGGUGUCCCUCAUGCACUGUAGAAGAUCUCAAGAUGAAGAUUCCAGAUGGUUCAGCUGCUUCAGGCGGAGGAGAAGGGUAGAUCCCACGAGUCCCCAAUCCCCCCAGCUAGAGGACAAGGAGAUGGUCCCUCUAGGGGGUCCGGGGGGCAGACAGGGGGCCUGGGGAUGGCUGACAAGACGAGCCCCGUACACGCCUCCCCUGCAUCCUCCCACGGUGCCAGCAGUCAACCACUACACAUUGGACGAGGCUUUGUACGCAGAACUCGACCGACCGGCGUACCAGAACACUGGAUACGUCAGUGAGUCCUCGGCACCCAGCAGUGCGUACUACAGUGACCUUAGUAACAGUGAUAGGACUUACGAGGCGGUGGGGAGCCAGACGGGGCACUGGGACCCCCGUCCUCCCGCCACUCUAGCUGCCAUCACCGAGUCUUUACCUGUGCCAUCUGACUAUGUAUAAUGUGUGAGUGAUAGAAUAUUAUGUCUCUAUUGUUGUGUUACAUUUUCUAUUUCUACUACCUACAGUAGUCUCGAUUAUACAAUUUGAAAAUAGAAAAGAUUAAAUUUAUUCAAUAGAAAAUAAAUUUAAAGCCUAAAUCAGGUUGAAAUGAAAAACUUUUGAUCAUGAUUUCAAUGAUUCUAGUUGUUUUUUGUAUUACCUGAUCGCAACUGAUUCAGGUUGGAUAAGCGAGAUCUACAGUGUUUGUAAUCAGGUUUACAAAAUGAAUAUGUUAACUUUGCUGCUGCAAAGUUAUGAAAAACCACACAGACUAAACGUUUAUUUUGUAAUACAUUCAAUCUAGAAAUUUAUAAAUAAAUAGCAAUCUUUUUAUAAAAAAAGACCAAUUUGAAGGGUGCUAGUUGUUAAACACAAAUUAAUUAUUUAUUGAUUGAUUUUUAAAUAGUGAUUUAAUGUAUUAAAUAGGUCAGUUUUAAAGUGGUUUGAAACCCGUUAGGACCUAGGAAAAAUAUCAAUAUAUAAAUAAAACUAAAUAACAACAUCCUGAACCAGUUUAUUUGUUUGGAUUUCAAAGAAAUUUAAAUUACAUCUUGCUCCAAUUAAUCAAAUGGAUUUGGCCAAGUUAGUUGAUUUUGGGUAUUUUUGUAAAACUUUUAUGUACAAAAAAGUUGUUUUAAUAAUUGCCAAUGUAUUACCCUAACCAAUUCGUGGCUUAUAUUUGUUCCUCAGUUUAUUUAUAUAAUUCAAAACCGAAAUAGAUAGGUACCUGUUGUACCUAUACAAAAUUAUCUUUUUAUUUAUUUAUUCAUGUUGAAGCCCUACAGAAUUGGUAAUCAAUUAUAACAGGUUACAUACCUUGACGUCCACAAUUCCUCAGUAUUGUUGAAAAUCCUCCUUAGGAAUUGUGGACGUCAAGGUAACCUGUUAUAAUUUUAUUUAUUGUUAACUCUUACAAAUAUUUUAAGCUAAAUGUAAUAUGAAAGUUUAUACUUCCUUUAUUUUAAUUUAUUGUUACUGUUAAUAUGUAUAUAAUAGUUG